UGCUAUAAAUACAGGCCGCGCCAGCAAUUGUCAGAUAAUUUGUUCGUGGACACAGCAACCAGAGAGACAUUCAAAGAAGCCUUUCCCUAGACUUGAUCCAGCAACCAGCACAGCACGCAACAUGAGGGGUCAGUCGGUGAUCGUGGCGGUCUGCUUCUGCGUGGCCAUCGCCACCCUACUCAGGUCGGCGCAGUCGGCCACUAUUUCAAAGAGGUCCGUGGAUGGAGGUAGCGGCAACCACUCGGUAAAGGAGACGGACCAGGACAAAAUCUGCCACGUUAGUACGCCGUGCGGAUGGGCCGUCUACCAGCCGAUCACGCGCAAGAUCAGCUACUUCCUUAGAAACACGUGUCGGUGUGCGGAGACCAAGAAGUGCGUCAAGACAUCUAACGACCUGUCGUCAAAGGCGUACGUGUACAUGUGCCGCGAGCCGCCAGUCACACCACAACAGGACCACUCGUGGUCCAGAUGAGGACGCUCGUCACCUCAGCACCACACAUAAAUCCUCAUUCACAAUUUAAAAGGCUUAGCACGACCGCCUUUGACGCGGCGGGUAUGCGGACGAGAUUGGAAAUUAAGAGUGCGAUUGAUUUUCAUCAACUUCCUAUCUAGGUUAGACUAAUAUCUGUAUCAGACUCACUAAGUUAUUCUGAACACUUCACUAUCGUUUCGACGUUUAAUUUAUUUUUUAUUCUCUCCACACACGCGCGCUGCCAGUUUGUCCACUCGACGUGCAAUUUUAGAAGUAAUAGAGUUUGAAAGCAGAUCGAUUUCAGGUUUGCUUUCCAGAAAUCUAGCCUUGUUUAUAGACACGCAGUUUUAAGUUUAUUUAGCGUUCAGUAUUUGCCAGUGAAUUGGGAAUUAAUAUGUAAGGAUGUACUUAAGACAACAUUAGCGACUCCCGUUUUAGCACGCACACACACACACACACACACGCACACACACACACACACACACACACAUUCAUACACUACUCGCAAAUGUACACACAAAUACCUCCACGAUCUGCCACUCUCUCGAUAGAUUGAUUGAUUGUGUAUGAUUUCGCAUUACGUGUAAAUAAUGAGAACAAAGUAUAACAAUCAAAGAAGUGAAGCCCGCGACAAAACAGAGCGACGCGAUACAAUGUAAUAGAUGAAACUCGUGACUGUUUUUCGCGCACGUCCAAAGGCCAAAUCGAGAAAAUGAACAUAAUUGAGAGUACAAUUCACUAUAAAACUGAUUAGUCUCUGGUGAGAGUUAAGAAUUUUUAUUGCGUAGACUAAUAUGAUGAAAACGAGAGUUCCUGCCUCCGAAUCGGCUGCUGGUUUGGCCCAAUCGCUCUGCUCGGGAUUUUACUUUGUUUCGUUUUGCAGAAAGUUUCGACUACAAAAUUCUCUCUAAUUGUAAAAUUACAAUGUCUAAGUCUGUUCACACAGACUUUAAAAUAUGAUUGGCACGGCUAUUUUAAAAAUAUUCAACAACACAAUGCUGUGCACUGCUUGCAAAUGCUGUAGACGUUGUUUACUGUAUGAAAAGAAGAUGACAAGGGUAAAAAGCUUUGAUCGCAGUAUUUUUGUUUGAAAAAUAAAUCACAAGUCAAGUGAA